AUGAAGGUUAAAGCUCGAGCUCUUUGCGUUCUUCUUCCCUUUCUCACAAUCUCCAAUGCUGCUCCAGUUAAUCCCCCUCUGAAAGGAUCUGAAGCACUUACCGGAUACUCUUCCACUGAGAAAGUUCCAAGCAGAGCCCAGCCAAAGAUCGACUAUAGCCUUCUCCCAGGGCAGAAGGAAGACCUCAAGAUUGGCUCGUAUCUGGAUUUCGAGAAUGUCGCCAAUCCUCAACCUAUUCGAGGUUCCACUGGCGGCGAUGAUCCGGGACCUCGAAACUAUUACUAUGAUCGGAUUAAUAGCGACAAGCUCGCACCCCCGGGAACUGACCACGGUUCUACUAUCAAUGCACAAUGGCCAAUGGGACUUAGUCACAACAGGCUUGGUAUCGAAAAUGCCGGCUGGGCUCGACAGGAGAACACCGAUGUUAUGCCAGAUGCUGUCGAAAUGGCUGGUGUCGAUAUGCGACUUGAACCUUCGGCGUAUCGUGAGCUCCAUUGGCAUGUUGCAGCUGAGUGGUCUCUUGUUUUGAAUGGCUCCUGCAGAAUUCAGGCUGUUGAUGAAAACGGCGAAACCUUCAUUGACGAUGUAACUGCUGGUGAUGUGUGGUUUUUCCCACCUGGCAUUCCGCACUCUAUUCAAGCAUUGGAUGAUGGUGUUGAGUUCCUUUUAGUGUUUGACCAGGGUGACUUCAGUGAAGAUAACACCUUCCUCGCCUCAGAAGUCUUCCUUCAUACCCCCAAAUCUGUCUUGGCCAAGAACUUUGGAGCUCCUCUAGCUGCUUUCGAGAACAUCCCAGAUGAUGAACUCUACAUCUUCCGGGGAACACCAGCACCAGCGGAUAUUGAAGAGCAGAACGUCACUACGCCAUCUGGAGUCAUCCCUCGCACAAAGAGUUAUUCAUAUCACUUCUCUGAGCAGCCUGCCCAUGAAGUUGCGGGUGGAUCUGUUAAGAUCAUUGAUCCUCAGAGUUUCCCUAUCGCAAGCAACUUCUCCGCAGCUGUCGUGACUGUACACCCUGGUGGUAUGCGCGAGGUUCACUGGCACCCCACCAGUGACGAGUGGACUUUCUUCAUCCAGGGCUCAGCUCGUGCCACUCUUUUCUCGGCUCCUUCGUCUGCAAACACGUUUGAUUACCGCGCUGGAGAUGUCGGUUACUUCCCCAAGUCUAACAGUCAUUAUAUCGAGAACACUGGUGAUGAGGAUCUUAUCUUCGUCGAGGUUCUCCAGGCUCCUGAAUUCACAGAUAUGGCUUUGGGCCAGUGGCUUGCUUCUACUCCUCGCCAGAUCAUUUCUGACACCUUGAAUCUUAGUAACAGUACUAUCGACAGUCUCAAGAAGGAGAAGCAGUACGUUGUUGCUGGUUCUACCAGCGACUAA